UUUUAAUCCUCUGUUUUUCCUUUUCUUGCUUAACGAUCAAGGGCUGAUUCUGUUCUUCUUCUCCUCCGUAGACGUAAGCAUGACAUUAGUUUGAAAAUAUAAGUUUCAUUUUACUGAGGCACUUCUUUUUCACUUUUCACAUUUGCGUCUCUCGUCGUGUAAGAAACUGAAAGGUUUUCGAAGCACUGAAAGGAUAUGAUUUUUAUUUUAAGUUUUUUUUUUCUCCAUGCACUUGGAUUAACAGAUUAUUAUUUAAAUGAAAUGUUUAUAUUGUGUUUAGUUUGAUAUCUUUGAUCUGUCUAAUAACAAUAAUCUAUUUUGGUAUUGUUUUUAACUUCAGGGGAAAAGUUGAAGCUGAAGAAUAAUGUCUAAGAAAGGUUCCCGAAUUAAAAGCUUAAAGGAGUUUGGUUCAAAGGUUCAUUGUGCAGAUCAUUUGUCUGACUCAGCAUCGAGCACUGAAACUUCACAUGACAAUAAAUCUUCUUAUAACGAGUGUGAGCCUCUACAUAUACGUAACUCAGAACCAAAAAGAAAAAACGCUGAGGUUAAAACUCCAGGGACAUUGCCUUCCCGUUUUCCAGAGUUCCAUGCAAGUGAGCAAGGUCCAUGGUCUGCAAUGAUUUGCUAUGAAGCCUGCGUACGGCUAUGUCUUCAUUCGUUGGCAGAAGAUAGUGACAUCGAGGCUUCAUACUUCCUCAAAAACGAUUGCGUUUUACUCCGAAAUGCAUUUGGGUGAGACAUGUUUUGGUAUACAUGUUUUGUUGUGAUCUUUGUGCACUGACCCCUCUUGUUUUAAUGUUAAAAAACAAAAUAUAUAGUUUGCAGAGUUUCUUGCUUCAAUCCGAAGAAGAACUACUUGGAGAUAGACCUUCUAAUUUGGUUACUGAGACAAAUCCUCAAAAAUCCAAAAAAGUUGUUGGAAAGAUUAAACUCCAAG